AUGAACACCGUCACCUCUCCUACCAGACGCGUUCUGGGCCAGAAGGACCCCAACGCGCCUCUGCAAUCAUCUUCUCCAAGAAAGUCCCAACAUGCCCUUGCUAUCGUGAGUGUCGCCUCCGAGCGACCUAAUCUCAAGCGGCCCUCUUCCGCCAGCUCUUCGAACCCACCAAGUCCUCGAGCCGGGCAGAAAAGAAAGAUCCAAGAGGCAGGAGACGAUCUACCAGCAGAUCCACAGAAUAGUACACUUGGCCACCACCCACUCUCUCAGAUGACCGGCCUCUGGAGCGAACCGUCUUCCCAAGAUGUAUCUAGCCCUCCAAGAUCGAUGCUGCAGGCAAAGUCCACUCCCAAUACGGCUCAAACAUCAUUCCAAGCCUCACAAGAGGAAUCUCAAAUUGUUGAGGCACAAUUCGUCAUCCACGAAGAGCCAAGUCAGAGGACGCUAGACAAGAUGCAUGCUGUUGCGCUGCCUCAAAGUACAUCUCAAUUGAUCCCACUCCUCCGACCAAAUCUUACCAAAGAAACCUCCCAGAUCAGCGUGAGCAUGUCAAGUUUUGUCGACUUUGACAACGACACUGCCCCCGAGGAUGAUCACAUGGAUUACAUCGAGGAGGCUCCGUCCAUGCCUAAGCAAAGACCCCAGACAGAAGACGAGACAAGGAAGCAGAUGCUGCUCGAGAAAGCCGAGAUCCUUCGCACUCGACUACAACUGGCCAUCUUCAAGGUUCAAACAAAUCAAGUCACUAAACCCUUUGCGCGUCUGGAUGUUCCGAAGAAUAAAUCCUCGCCCCGAGAUCCUCGGGCACACUCAUCCUCACCUCGGUCAUCCUCUACUGUCAAAGCCAGGUCUGUGUCACACGCGACACUCAGUCCAGAAACAGUAGUCGCUCGAGCGCGAGCGCGAGCCUCCAUGGAGGGGAAACCCGCAGUCAAGCCACUCUCACACGUGCCGUUUCCAAAAAUCGCUCCCACAACAUUUUCAGCGAGAUGGUCC